CUUGGUGGAAGUCCAGGAAUACUCAAUAAUCAUGGAUUUCAGGUGCAACAGCAGCAACAGAGACGGCUGUCGCUACAUGAAUACUUGAGCAUGGGACUGUUGCAGGAGGCUGGCAUUGCUGUCCCACACGGACUAGUUGCCAAGACACCAGACGAAGCUUACAAAAUAGCGAAAGAAAUAGGUUCAAAGGAUCUUGUGGUAAAAGCACAGGUUUUAGCUGGUGGUAGAGGAAAAGGAACAUUUGAAGGUGGCCUCAAAGGAGGAGUGAAAAUAGUUUUUUCUCCAGAAGAAGCAAAAGACAUCUCCUCCAAAAUGAUUGGAAAGAAGUUGUUUACCAAGCAGACAGGAGAACAAGGCAGGAUAUGCAAUCAAGUAUUUAUCUGUGAGCGCAAAUAUCCCAGGAGAGAAUACUAUUUUGCAAUAACAAUGGAAAGAUCUUUUCAAGGUCCUGUGCUGAUAGGCAGCUCUCAGGGUGGUGUUAAUAUUGAAGAUGUCGCUGCAGAGAAUCCUGAUGCGAUAAUUAAGGAACCCAUUGAUAUAGUAGAAGGCAUAAAAAAGGAGCAAGCUGUUAGGCUUGCCCAAAAAAUGGGAUUUCCUCCUAAUCUGGUGGAUGAAGCAGCUGAAAAUAUGAUCAAAUUAUAUAAUCUCUUUCUGAAAUAUGAUGCUACUAUGAUAGAAAUAAAUCCUAUGGUGGAAGAUGCAUCAGGAGUUGUGAUGUGUAUGGAUGCGAAGAUAAACUUUGACAGCAAUUCAGCCUAUCGUCAGAAGAAGAUCUUUGAUAUGCAGGAUUGGACACAGGAAGAUCAAAGAGACAGGGAUGCUGCAAAAGCAGAUCUCAACUAUAUCGGCCUGGAUGGAAACAUAGGCUGCUUAGUCAAUGGUGCUGGUUUAGCUAUGGCUACAAUGGAUAUAAUUAAACUUCACGGCGGAACUCCAGCAAACUUCCUUGAUGUUGGUGGUGGUGCUACAGUGCAGCAAGUGACAGAAGCCUUUAAGCUUAUUACCUCUGAUAAAAAGGUACUGGCUAUUCUAGUAAAUAUUUUUGGUGGCAUUAUGCGCUGUGAUGUGAUAGCACAAGGCAUCGUUAUGGCGGUAAAGGAUUUGGAGCUAAAAAUACCUAUUGUGGUACGGUUGCAAGGUACACGAGUUGAUGAUGCUAAAGCUUUAAUAACUGCUAGUGGCCUCAAAAUUCUUGCAUGUGAUGACUUGGAUGAAGCUGCAAAAAUGGUGGUGAAACUCUCCGAAAUAGUAAGCUUAGCGAAACAAGCUCAGGUGGAUGUUAAAUUUCAGUUGCCAAUUUGAUCUGAGGAAUGUACAUGUUUUCUGAAAUACUGUUUUGUUUCUGUACCCGAGAUAUUUUUGGUUUUUUUGUGUGUGGAGGUGUUGAUUAACAGGCGCACAAACAGAAGUAUCUGGUCUGUAAUGUUAACAUUCGGAAUGGUCAGAAUUCUUGUAAAAGCGUGUAUUGCUGAUAUUUAGUCCUUCUUAGUUGUUGUUCUUCAAGCCUCCAGCUUCAGCUGCAGAAUGUCACUUAUAAUAUACUUCUGUGUUGUCCAAAGUAAAGCUUCUGGUUGAAAAAUAAUUAUUCUGAAUAAAUUCUGAAGUUUCUUUACUUGUAAAUUUGUAUUAGCCUUGGUUAAAAGUAAAUAUAACUAGACUAUUUAGUUGUCCAUGUGGAGAAAUGUAUUGAAACGGUAUUUUAUAUUGGAGACAGUUGUACUUAGCAGUGUAAUGGACAUGAGCAAACCAAUCAUUAUUUAUGAACAGGUGCAUUUGAACUUGAUCAGAAACAUUUUUAGAAAUACUUCCUUGAAGUGGCUGGUAACUCUUCUGGACAACGUGUUUAAUCACUACAAAAUAUACUGUAGCACUUAGAUUUUCACGAUUUUCAGUCCUUACAGAAAACGCAUCAUGUAGUUUUAUAUAUGAACAAGCAUUUACCAAAUGUCAAGGAGACAGAAUACAUAGAGAAUUAAAAUGUCUAUUGUACAUCACUAAUAAAAUUGUACAUUAAUAAAAUGUCUCCCAAAACUU